UUCUCAUUCGCACAUUAAACUUUGACAAGUUGACCUACUGCGGAUUUAUUGUUGGAAAGUUGCAAUCUGGGAAACCCGAUCGACUGGAAAACUUUUACUUCAAAAAAAAAAACCCUGAGGACCUGAGGACUUCAUCACAGACUGACCUUUUUUGGAUCAUACCUGUUCACCUGAAGUCCUCAUCUCUGACGAACCUUUUUUUGGAUUAAACCUGAUCACCUGUAAGGCCUCUUCUCAGACAAACCUUUUGGAUUAUACCUGACCACCUGUAAGAUUCUUUGCAAACAAAGCUUUUGGAUUACUUUGCUCUAGGACAGCUACUGCCAGAAGUAGACCAUCUUUAACUUCUGGAGAAGUGGCCUCCGGUUGACCCCCUGGGGCGAGGCAGCUGCUGUCCUGAGUCUCUACAGUAUUCUGAGAGACAAUAUGGGGUCCGGUGUAUCCAACGAGUCCACCUCAUCUUCCGAGAUGAACCCCGUCCAGCUCCCCAGCGAAUAUGAGGUUCUGAAAGUUCUGGGAGAGGGCUGCUUCGGAAAGGUGUUGAAAUGUUGGAAAAAGGACACCGAGCAGACUGUGGCUGUGAAGAUUCCUAAAUUCUUCGACCAAGACACCAUUAAUGAGGUGUCCAUGCUGAGACUGUUCAAACGCCUCAACCUCGACAAACAUAACAUCGUCGAGUUAAUCGAUUACUUUCAAACCAAACAUGGAAAGGCAAUCGUGUUCGAGGUGUUGGAUAUCAGCCUGGGUGACUACCUUGAAAUGACAAGUUUUGCGCCCAUGCUUCUGAGUGACAUCAGAAGCGUCAUCCAGCAGAUGGGGACAGCAUUUGAGGCACUGAAGGGGAUCGGAGUGAUCCAUGGUGACGUGCACCUCCACAACAUCAUGAUGGAGAAUCACCAAACACGACCCUUCAGAGUCAAGCUCAUUGACUUCGGUGGUGCCAUUUCCAGAUCAAAAGCCACCCAGGGCACGCUCCUACAACCACUGCUUUUUAGGUCUCCAGAAAUCAUACUGGGCUGUCCAUUUUCUGAGGCCAUUGACAUGUGGUCCCUGGGCUGUCUGAUGUUCAUCAUGAUCUGCGGCAAACUACCGUUCUGUGGAUUGUCUGAGUAUGAAAUACUGCGGAGCAUCAUUGAUUUUCUGGGUCAGCCAGAAGACCUUGUUCUCACUGCUGGUCUAAGGUCAAAGAAGUACUUUAACUGGAAUGAGUCAAACAGCUGGGAGCUCAAGACACCGUUUGAGUAUCUCAGAUAUCAUCUCAUCGGUGUCACCAAGGACCACAAGUUCCAGUCUCUGGAUGAUCUCAAAGUAAUUCGUCUAGAGGAAAAUAAUGAAGCUGAGGCUGUAGAGCGAGAGCAGUGCAUCGAGCUCCUGAAGGCCAUGCUGAAGAUGGAUGAGGAUGAGAGGAUCACUCCCCGUGAAGUCCUCAUUCAUCCAUUUUUCACCAAAGACUACCCAAACAAUGGGGCUUUGGCGGCCGCAUCCCCUUUGGUUCGAUGGAAGCCAAUGGAAAAUCUGGCCAGUGCACUCGGUGAGCCUGCUGCCACUCCUCUGAUGGAUGACGAAAGUGUGUUCAUCCAACCAGAAGGCUGCACGCCAUCUCCAGAAAUUCCACCAGCAGGUGUGAUCCUGGUUCGACCAGCGACAGCUGAGAACACACUGCUGCUGGAAGGUCAGGGGAGCAAAGUCAGUGGCAGGACUUACAUUGUCAAGAUCGCAGGAAGUUCGGCCUUCACGUCCGUGUUCUCGAGUGAGGACUGCACUCCAUCUGACACAUUUCUACCAUCAGGUGUGAUCCUGGUUCAGCCUGCGACAGCCGAGCGCACCCUGAUAGAAGAUCAGGAGAGUGCAGUCAGUUUUCAGUCUGGCCUGUACCAGGCAUCAUUGUUAGUGAACAGCAUUAAUAGUGGCAUGGAGUCCCUCCUAUGUGAGGACUCGGGCUCAUGUGAAAACAUGAGGGCAGAAAAGAAGCCUCAGAAGAAGAAAAAUCGCUUCCGACGCGUCUUCUCCUGGAUGAGGAAGACCUUCAGUUCAUGCGUAACCUCUGUCAAUGCUUCGGCCUGUCACAGCUGAGAACAUGCUGUCGCUGGAAGGUCAGGGGGACAAAAUCAGUGGCAGGACUUAAAUUGUCAAGACCUCAGGAAGUUCAAGCUUCACUUCCUUGAAUGAGGACUGUGACUGUGAGCCUGCUGCCCCUUCUCUGAUGGAUGAUGACGUCAGUAACAUCCAACCAGACCACUGCACUCCACCUCGCACAGUUCUACAAUCUGGUGUGAUCCUGGUUGAGCCUGCGACAGCCCAGCACAUGCUGCUGGAGGAUCAGUGCAGUCAGUGUGACAGUGAGUGUGACCAUUUUGUAGAAAUGGGGCUUUGGCAGCAUCAAUCACUCCUCGCAAGACAGAGAAGUCCGAGACGAGCCACUGUAAGAUGAUGAGCCCAAAGGGGGCAGUCAUGAGUAAAAGACGCCCCACUCUUCCCACGACACUGUCAUCUUCCACUUCUACUUUGGCUCGUCCUGCAGCCGCCAAGGAAAAGCAGCCGAUGGAAGAUCUGCAGAGUGCACUCAGUGAGCCCACUGCCACUCCUCUGAAGGAUGGUGAAAUCAACAUCAACAAUCGACAUCCAACCAGACGAGUGCACUCCAUCUCCGGACAUUCAGUCAUCAGGUGUGAUCCUGAUUCGGCCUGCGACAGCUGAGAACAUGCUGUUGCAGGAAGGUUAGACAGGCAAAGUUAGUGGCAGGACCUACAUUGACAAGACCUCAUGAAGUUCAGGCUUCUCGUCUUCAAAUAAAGACUGUGACUGUGUGAUCCUGGUUGGGCCUGUCACAGCCCAGUGCACACUGCCGGAAGAUCAGGAGAGUGCAGUCAGGAGCCUCAGAAUCUACAAAAGAUGAUGAGACCACAGGUGGCAGUCCAGAGUUAAAGACGCCCUGACACCGCCACCGCCAACUCUUACUUUGGUUCUUCCUGCAGCAGCCACGCAGCCAGUGGAAGUUCUGAAGAGUGCACUCAGUGAGACUGCUGCCACUCCUCUGAAGGAUUAUGAAGGCAUCAGUAUCCAACCAGAUGGCUGCACUCCUGCUCCUGCACACACUGCUCACAAACGCAUACAUGUUUACAUCACACAUACAUCGCUAGGGCAAGAAGAGGAAGAGGGAGAGCAGAAAAGCUCUGAGGUACAAUGGUUCCUGGUGCAGUAUUGCAGUAUUGUUAAUCAGAAAGGAAAGAUUUUCACUGACUGGGUUUUUUAUGCUUACAAACUUAAUAAACAGUCUCUCUUUAUUGUCAUGACUGAAUAAACAAAGUGAACUUAAAGGACAACACAAUAUCAUACUGUUUUACUUUGUUUAUAUGUGGCAGACCCUGCCACCUUUCUAGCCUUAAACAGUAUUAUGGUGACUGAAUUGUGCAUCUUUACAAAAGUUGUAGCUCGCAAAUUAAUGUCAUUUGAUCCAAUAUUAAUAUUCAGAAGUUUACAGCAGAUAUAAGAUGAGGUAGGUUUAAAGUGUUUUUAAAGGUUUAGAGGAUUGAUCUGUGUUUCUGUUUGUUGGUGUGGCAGUGUCAGUGGUGGCAUCCACCUCACGGGCAGCUGUGAUGGAGGCCUCGACCUCUCAGGGAGCUGUGGAGGAACCACGUCCCCCGCAGACAGUCCUGGUGCAGCUGCUGCACACAGACUCCAGUGACCACGCAUGACUUACACAUAGUCCAGCCAAUCAGAGGAUGGGGAGCAUCACCUGGUGAUGGAGCAGCUUGAUCCUCCGCCAAGUCCACCCAGAGCAUCGGCUGCCCUCCUCUCUUCACUGUGGACUUCUGUGAUGUCAUGCAAAUGGAUCAAUGGAUGUGAAGAUAGAUGUACAGAUAGAUGUUUAGAUAAAUGUAUAGAUUUAUGGUUAGAUAUAUGUUAAGAUAUAUUUCUAGACUGAUGUCUAGAGAGAUGUAGAUCUGCAUGUACAUCUUGAUGUCUAGAUAGAUUUAUGUAUGUAUAGAUAUAAGUAUGAAUUGAUGUUUAGAUAUAUGUAUAGAUUGAUGUAGAGAAAUAUGUGUAGAUAGAUAAGACCUUUUAAACUAUAUUAUCCAUCUCAUGUAUGAUUCAUUUCUGUAAAAUACAUGGUAAAUACACUUAAACCUUUGAGCAUUACACUGACUUAUUUCAUUGUUUUUUCAGAAUUCGUAUGUUUUCACAGUAGGGUUCAAUUAAUUGAUAACUACAGGAUGCAUAAAGCUGUGUUUAACAUAAUUAAUGACUUGAUACAUGAGACAGACACAAGAGCCAAAGCUCAGUACACAUAAAGUAUCACAAACCACAGCAGGCUUUCAAGUCCAUAACUGCAGUGGUUCAUCAGUGGGAAAUGUUCCUUAUACAAGGUAAACAAACAAAACAACAACACAGACAAACAAUACGUCAGGGUGCCAAUUCUAGCAACUAUGGAUAGGGUGUGGUAGACACAACUCCACAAAAAGCUGUUUUAAAGUGUUAGGAGGAUCUUUAAUAAAUAUCACAUCCUGGUUUACUUCAAACCUACCAACACACUGAUGCAGAAACUCCAUGUAAAGGACAUAGACAUAUAGAGAGUAAUGUAGUUUAUGCUGCUCAAUGCGGGCAGGAAUGCAGAGAUUUGUAUAUGGAAGAGACAAAACUUGUCUACUUGUAGACCAAAUGUCUCUGUUUUCUUGUUUGCAUUACACCGUUUCUUUUGUGCAGUGUUUCAAUUUUUGUGGUCUGUAUUUAUUGUUCGAAUCAUAAACUCUGACAAUGAAAUGUAUGUAUUUUACAGAGCACCACUAUAAAAGUAAAUCAGAUUAUUUUUUAUUCAUUUAGAAAAUGUAUAAAGGUGUAACUUUUAUGAUCAAAGUUUCAUUCCUAAUCUCUGUUGAGUUACUCCAGUUUUGUUUUAUGAUUUUCAGUCUGCUUGUAUUUUUUUUAAUGAUCACCACUUUAAACUUGUUUUCCAUUCCAUCUUUCUGUGUGUGUGUGUGUGUGUGUGUGUGUGUGUGUGUGUGUGUAUGUGUGUGUGUGUGUGUGUGGGUUGCUUACAUGGCUAUGAUUGUCUCCUCCCAGCCCUGGUAAUUGCAGUAGCUUGUAAUCAGGUUUUAACUAGAGAAUGUUCAAGGACCUCUAUGCAACGCUUGCCUCUUGGUUUUAUUCUGUGGCAGUCUGAACUGACAAGCACUUAGCUGAGAAUGUAUAUUCAUUAUAUCCACUGUCCCGCAUGGUAUUGUAUUAACAGACAACAUAUCUCACAGCAGAACUCUAUUUUUGCCUAAGUUUCAACCCUGUUAAUUGCCUCACAACUGUUAUUUGACAUUGAACGUAAUAUUGUGCAUCUCCCUGAUGCUUUUAAAAGGUGCAGUGACUGAGCCGGGUGGGAAUAAGGAGGGAAAAUUAGAGAAAAUGUUAAUGGACUUUUGAAUUGUAGUUUCAUUUCCCCCUUCAGACAUUCUAAUGUACUACUUGAUAUGUAGCAUUGGUAACAAUGUGUCAACUUACAGAAUCAGUCAUUUUCAACUUGAACAGAAAUGGCAAACCUAAUUUCUUCCAUAGUCUCACAGGACAGACUCAUUGCAGCCUCCAGUCCAGUGGUGGAUAUGGAGGUUCAUUGACCAUGAGAAGGAACCAAAGAUGUUUCCUUUUUUGUCUUUUGCAGUACUUUUAUCUGGCCCUGUAUAUUUUGUUUCUUGUUAAAUAAAAGAUGUAACAGUGUA